AUGAAUAUUGUUUGUUGCAGAUAUAGAUUAAUUAGAUUUAUGAAUCCCUUUACAAGUAGGUUACGUUGCUGUGCAACUGUGCGAGGCCACGAUCAUACUUAUGGCAGAGAUAUAAUUGAACAAGUUGGUAUGUCAUUCUGCAAAUCCACAUCCACUCCUGUUGAUACUACUAGUAAAUUGAGUGCUCAUGAUAGUCCUCCAGUUGCCGAUCCUUCUCUUUUUUGCAGUCUUGCUGGAGCUCUUCAGUAUCUCACAUUUACCCGUCCUGAUAUUUCAUAUGCAAUUCAGCAAAUAUGUCUUCACAUGCAUGAUCCCCAAGAGAGUCACUUGACUGCAUUAAAACUAGGGAUGGGCAUGGGUCUUGUCUUGCUGGAGCUCUUCAGUAUCCCACAUUUACCCGUCCUGAUAUUUCAUAUGCAGUUUAGCAUGCAUGAUCACCAAGAGAAACACUUGACUGCAAUGAAAGUUGAAACGCAUAAUUUGUUAUGUUCAGGGGACUUUACAGUUGGACGAUCUACGUCGGGCUAUUGUGUGUUUCUUGGAGAUAACUUAAUUUCAUGGUUAGCCAAACGCGAGUUUACUUUAUCACGUUCUAGUACAGAUUCCGAGUAUAGAGCAGUUGCAAACGUUGUAGCCGAAACUUAUUGGCUACGCAAUUCACUCCUAGAGCUUCACUGUCCCAUUUCGAAAGCGACUUUAGUCUAUUGUGAUAAUGUAGCUAAGGGUCAUGUUCUCAUUCUCCAUGUGCCUUCUCGAUUUAAUAUUGCAGACAUAUUCACCAAGGGUCUUCCACGGAUCUUAUUUGAUGAGUUUCGUUCGGUACAAUCUCAGUAUCCGUGA